UCGCAUUUCUUCUUCAGUUUCUUCCGUCGGAGUGAGAGGUGCAGCGUGCUUUUUUCGCUUUUGCUUUUCACGCGUUGCAGCACCUGCAGCUGCAGUAACGCCGCUGCAAAUCUCAGAAGACGAUGAAAAUAUCCGGGAUCGGAUACAAUCCCAUUCUGCGCACGGGAGUACGGUAGAUGGGUGGUACAGGUUCCUGAAUCGCUGCAUUGCAUUCAGCAUUCUUCUCUUCGUCGGAGCGAAAUUGAGCUAGGGUUUCUGCAUUUCCUCGAUGGGGACUGUUUCGUCUGACGACGACGCUUUCGACCAGCAGAGCGAACGGUUCGGAAGCUACAGCUUGAGCGCUGAUGUGAGCGAGUCCGAGAGCUGCAGCAGCUUCUCCGGUCGCCAGUACAGCGCCGAUGCUGACGCCGCUUCGAGCUCUCCGGCGUCUCUUGCUCUCGCUGCCGGAAAGUCCGUUUCCUCGGCACCGGCGCCGGAACUGAUGCUUGCUGUCGGCGGCAGAGAUGUGGUCAUGUGGGAAGGAAAGGGGGAGAAGCGAGAGACUGAUUUAUCUGUUGCAGAAGUUGAGAUGAUGAAGGAGCGGUUCGCGAAGCUUCUCCUUGGUGAAGACAUGUCUGGUGGAGGGAAGGGAGUUUGCACUGCUCUUGCAAUCUCAAAUGCCAUCACCAAUCCAUAA